UUGUCUCGGCUCCCCUUUGAUGUAGCGAGAACGCCGCCGCUACCCCCUCCCCCCGCCCCCCCGCUCACUCACACACACACGCACCCCUCACCCCUCACCCCCUCAACAAACAGUUCACCGCAAACUGAAACUAUUGCCUUUAAUUCCUUUCCCGGAUCAUAUGUACGAGUGAUUAGCGCCGGCUGUGCUCCAAGAUAUAAUCAUCAAAAUAUUGGCACCACAAACGCAACAUGCAGCGGCAGUAAGCUGCUAAAGAGGCAAGUCGUGUCUCGCCAUGCAGCGCGCGGGUGGGAGAAGGGCCUGUGCGCCAUGAGCCAUACUCCUGUAGGCGGCCACCCGCAAGGUUGGGAACACAAGCUUGCUGACAGGUCGUCGCUGCCACCGGCGCCGGGGGAGGAGAAGAGACAAUCUCAGACCAGACAUGUGUUCACACACCCACAUCUCACCAAAGCGUCCCCGUGUGUGGGCGGCGUGGCGUCGCGGCGCUCGGAGACGGAAGGCUCGUCGGGCAGCUCGGGAAGGUCCCCGGAGGAGCCGCCCUACGCCAGGUGGGCCAGGACGCUGCAUCAUCUGCUCGAGGACGGCGAGGGAGUGCGUCUGUUCCGUAAGUUCGUGUGCGGCGCGGGCGGGCUGCACGUGGACCGCCUCAACUUCUACUUCGCCGUGCAGGGUCUGCGCCAGGAGACCGAGCCCAACAAGAUACGGACCGUCGUCUCCGCUAUAUACAAGUUCCUCCGCAAGUCUCAGCUAGCGAUGCCCGAGGAGCUGAAGCAGCGCGUCAAGCAGAGCCUCAAGGACGGCUCCAACAUAGAGAAGACCAUCUUCGAUAACAUGGAACAGGAGGUGACCCGCGCCAUCACCGAGUCUACGUACCAGUCGUUCCUUCGUUCGGAGGCCUACGUGUCGUACGUGAGUGCGGCCACUCAGCCACUAUCUUCACCGGACGCUUCGCCGACACACUCUAGAGAACUAUGUGUGGGCACCCUGGCCACUUUACACGAGGGCCAGGAGCUGUCAGGCGGCGCGUGUCCGUCCGUGGGCGCCCGGCUCACACACGACGCUCUGCUCGCCACACAGUCACGACGACUACAGUCAGACGUCGCUCCGCACCGUAAGCGGUCAGUGUACAGCGCGCACGUGUCGUACGCUGGGUACACGCCCGCGUCGCGCCAGGAUUCAGAGCGCACGAGCCUCAGCAGCGGGAGGACUGACAGCGACGCGGUGUCCCUCAGCGGCAGCAGCCUUGACGGCAUGUCGAUCCGCGGGUCGCGUGAAGCCCGUGAGUCCCGCCACCGGCCGCGGCUGUACGGCCUCGACCGACACGCUGUCAUCAACAAGGAACAAGACACCGCCAUGAUGAUCCCUCGCACGCAGCGCGUCCAGUCAGAACAGCUGCGCGUGUUGCCGCCGCACGAGUUCGCUCCACUACUGAUAGAGAAACUGGAGCGAGUGAGGAGGGACCAGGACAACAAGGACAGGCUGGAGAGGAGGCUCGCUGAGGGCGAAGGUGACGAGCUGUGCGCCCAAGCUCUACCGCCACAGCUGGUGGCCGCCGCUAUCAGGGAGAAGCUUCAACUGGAAGACGACAACGAUCAGGAUAUACUGGGUAUGAUGACUCGGAUACCGUAG